AUCUGAAAGCGAGACCGCAACUUUUUAUAAUCUGGGGUCGCAAGCAAAAGGCCGGAGACGGGUCUUCUGCUACAAGCUCUCCAAUGUUCAACGGCUGCAGACGCUCCGACUCUCUCGCUCUCUCUCUCUCUCUCUCUCUCUCAGCCUCAGUGGGGAAGUUGAGGAGAAUUAGGGGAACUCCGCAUAACCAGCCAAUCUAGCUGAGUUCCCAUUUCAACCGGACAAUCGUUCCUUUUUCCUCUUCUGCUCGCUCUGCCUGUCCCAUUCAAUCUCGGAAUCCCGCGAAAUCCGACUUCCCCGCAUGUAGAGUUCGCUUGCCCCGUCGAAACUCGAAGUGGGUAUUCGAUUUUUUACCUUGUUUUCGAUCGCAGUCCAUUAAACUGUCGACCUCGUCUGGUCCAACUCUGGCCCGCGGUUCCUGCAAUACCUUGUUUUUAGUUGCUCCUCUUUUGGAAACACCCCAUUUGGUUGAGUUAGCUCAUCAUCACUCAUCGUUUGAUUCGUAUAUAUAUAGAGAGACGGAGAGAAGACUGAGAGGAUGGGUUUCAGCUUGAAGGAGUUCUGGACGAAGAAGACAUUGGUGGGCCUUGUUCUCGGCCAGUUUCUCUCUCUUCUCAUCACUUCCACUGGCUUUUCUUCCUCCGAGCUCGCUAAGAAAGGAAUCAAUGCACCAACUUCGCAGUCUUUCCUAAACUACAUGUUACUAGCAAUUGUCUAUGGAAGUAUGAUGCUUCAUCGCAGGCAUCCUCUCAAGGCUAAGUGGUACUACUAUGUUAUUCUUGCGGUUGUGGAUGUAGAGGCCAAUUUUCUUGUGGUGAAGGCCUAUCAGUACACAUCCAUAACGAGUGUCAUGCUCCUGGAUUGUUGGUCAAUCCCAUCGGUCAUGCUUCUUACUUGGCUUUUCUUGAGCACAAAGUACAGAUUCAAGAAAAUAGCUGGUGUUUUUGUUUGUGUUGCUGGCCUUGUUAUGGUUGUCUUUUCAGAUGUUCAUGCGGGUGAUAGAUCAGCUGGAAGUAACCCUAAGAAAGGGGAUGCACUGGUUCUUGCUGGGGCAACACUCUAUGCUGUCAGUAAUGUCAGUGAGGAAUAUCUUGUGAAGAAUGCUGACAGAGUGGAAUUAAUGUCAAUGCUUGGACUUUUUGGUGCCAUUAUUAGCGCUAUACAAAUAAGCAUUCUUGAGCGCAAUGAGCUCAAAUCUAUUCAUUGGUCAGCUGGAGCAGCAGUACCUUUCGUGGGAUUUUCACUGGCUAUGUUCCUGUUCUACUCAUUUGUCCCAAUUUUGCUGAAGAUAAACGGCUCUACAAUGCUCAACCUGUCUCUUUUGACGUCAGACAUGUGGGCUGUCUUCAUUCGCAUCUUUGCUUACCAUGAGAAGGUUGACUGGAUGUACUUUGUGGCCUUUGCUGCUGUCGCAGUCGGUCUGGUUAUUUAUUCCGGAGGAGAUAAAGAAGACGACCAAAAACGGGCAGAUGUUGUGGAUGAGAAUGUCGAGAGGAGCAAGAGAUUCGAUGAGGAGGCCUGCUCAGUCAGUCAGGAACGAAAUUCUGGCACAAAAGCAGAUGUCAUAAGAAAGAAUGAAAUCGCUAGUGGCAGCAACUCAGCUGGGAAGAAUCGGUGUGACAGCGAAAUUGCGCUAUAGCUGGCAAAGAUCUGAAGGGAGGCAUGAUUGGCCUUUUCUCUGUCAAGCAUCCUCAGGAGUUCAGCCUCAAUAACGGCUCUAGAUUCAUAUCCAUUGCAAGCGCUAGUUGAUUGUAGAUGUGGGAGAAAUGCUGUUUAUUUCAUUUGCCUCUUCAAUAUUUUCACAGUAGCUACCUUCUGAUAAGUCUGUUGUUCGAUGGUUGACUCAGGAUUUUUCUGCGGCUGCGAUUUCAAGUGUAAAUGCCAGGCUUGUUAAUCACGUCGAAUAACAAUUGAUAGGUAGAUAACGAUAUGCAUGGUGAUGACACACUGUAUCUGCCUUACUGUUGCAGAACUUGUCAAAGGAGAGAGCUGGCAAAUAAACACAAAUGCAUGUAUAGAUUCACAUCCCGGAAAUCAAAGAAAGCCUCCUUUAUUCAGCACUCA